UUUUCAUUGAAUUGAUUGCGAAAACAACAACAAAAAAGUCAACACAUUUAGAGAUCAGAUGAUUAUAAUGACCACCGAUUGAGUCCAAGAGAUAUAUCUGCGAAUCCUUGCGAUGGAUGUACUGAAGGCGGAGAUCGCGCGGAAGCGCAAACUCUUGGAGUCCAAGUCGUUGAUCGACUCCAACAAGAAGUUCUUCAAACGCGAGGAAAUGAACCACAAGUGGGACGAAGACUAUCACCGAAAACAGGCCGAAAAACACGGCCACAAAUCGGCGGUCGGAUCGGCCGACAGCACCGCCGCCGACGGGGACGCCAGCGCUGGUGGCGGACACUCGGCUGAGACGAGCGGUUCCAGUGGUCUGUCGGCGGCGGUCGAGCAGCGGAUCCUUCCGCGCAAAGAAGUGGUGAAACGAUUGCGCGAACGAAACGAACCGAUAAUACUGUUCGCGGAGACGGAGACCGAAGCGUUUCUGCGGCUCCGGAAGCUCGAGCUCUUGGAACCCGAGGCCAGCGAUCAGGGCUUUAGGAAUGACUUUCAGACGGCGAUGGAAUCGGUGGACGCGGCAUAUCUGGAAGAGAUCGUGAAAGUGGGCGCCGACAAGAGCAAGAAGGACGGCGCCAACGAUGUCAAAGUGGUUGAGAUGAACACCACUAUAGAAGAGAUACUACAGUUGGCGCAGCACUUGGGCCGCCGUCGAGACGAGGGGCGCGACUGCGACGUGAUUCAGACAUUCCUCAAGUUUCUGCUCGAGUUGUGGGGCAAGAAGUUGAACGCCCGGCCCGAAGAGGUGAAGCGUACGGCCAAAGGCCUACGGAUCAAUUGCUCCGACCAGACAAUGGACUCCGAAGACAAUAAAGACAACAUUAUUGGCGACGAAGUGGUGGAUGAGGUGAGCGAAGUGGUGGACAACGAUCUCAUCGAAAAUAUCGACCAUAUUAUCGCCGAUUCCAACGAAAACACAAACAAUACCACCACUGAUGCGGUCGCCGAUGAGGACGAGUGUAUGGAUGUGACCACCGCUGCCGAGACCACAGCCGCCGACACCAAUGGCGGUGGCGAUGAUAACGCUGUGGAUGGCGCUGAAGACGCCACUAAUGAUAACACGAAUGCCGGCGACGCGGAGGCGAGCGGUGCCGACGGCAGUACUGUUGAUGGCAGUGGUGUCGACGGCAACGCCGGCGCCGACGGUGACAACGAUGGCAACGAUGUGAUGGACGACAACGCGUGCGACGGCGGCAGCACUGGUGGCCAAAUGGACGACAACGAGUUGAGAGCCGCCGGACUGAAGACGUCGCUAAUGCUGUCGGAGGACAAGAUCCAGGCGUUGACCGAUAAGGUGGAGACACUGGAGUCGGAGCUGAAGAAAGUAUACCAGCAUUUGCUGCAAGCGAUGGAAGAGAAGAAGAAGAUGGAGAUCAAGUGCACGACACUCGAGGAACAGUUGGACCGAUUGAUGGGAUCGGCGGCUGAACGACAGCAGCAACAGUCCGGACAGAAAACACCGCCCCAUUCGUCGGCGAAGAAGAUGGCGAUGUCUGCCAAACAGCCCAACAUCAAGAACAGAGGCGGCGAUCGGUUCGGCGCCAAUCAGCGGCCGUACGAGCGACGACUGCCCGCCGACUUUGGGUACGGCGGAUACGGCGGUGGCGGCGAUCUCUCCCGUCUAUACAGUAUGCCAGUGAUGGCGAUGCCUGUGAUGGCCGGUCCAUCGCGAUCGCCAUACGCCCGAAUGGGCGGAAUGGGAGGCUCGGGUGCGCACAUGUCGGGCAUCACCGGACACGACGACGUGAACGAACUGUCGCUGAAGUUUCAUUUGCCGCCACACGUGGACGCGAAGGCCCACCAACUCUACGACCGUAUUUACGACAACUUCGAGUCGCGUUCGGUGUGCGUUCAGAUCGGCGUCCGGCCGUCGGUGGCCGCCAUGUAUUUGGCCGCACGAAUGGCCGACUACAAGAACCUCAGCUACAAGAAGAUACACGAGGCGCUGGGCUUCUCGCGCACAGACAUCCAGACCUGUUGCCAAGAGGUGUCCGACGUGUUGGGUCUGGGCGUACAGGUGUCGUACAACUCGACGGAACUGAUCCAACAGUUUGGCCAACAGUUGCGACUGCCGGCGGUGAUCGUACGCGUGGCGGCGCACGUGGCCAAGACCGCCAUGAAUAAGCGGCUGGUGUCGGCGUUUGAUCCCAACAUCGUGGGCGUUGCGGCGCUGUUUCUGGUCUCUCAGGUGUCGAAAGUGAAACGAUCGCUCACACAGUUGGCCAUUGUUAGCCACGUUCCCGAAGACACUAUCAUCAAUAUGUACCGACACUUGCGGCCCAAAGCCAGCGAAUUGUUUCCGCACGACUUUGUCUUCUCCACUUCGCUUGAAAAUCUGCCACAA